GAUAGGCACACUCGAGGCAGCACAUCGAUCGGCUAUGAGUUUGUUGCACAUUUAACAUUAGUUGAAUAACCUGGCGUGCAUUUACAGAGCAAGUCAGGCCAUGUGAAAAUAAUGUUUAGUAAUCAGGGCAUUCAACCCGUAACGGUUGUUUUUAACAACACGAAAAACUGCUUUCUUCAUCUCUCCUCGAAGUUGAUAUCGCACCUUUCCCUGAAUGAGAACCAGGCGUUGGAGUUGUCUUGGGGUCAUGGAUCUCCAGUGUUCCUCAGCUGGGCCCCCAGCAGAACCUCCUCCACCCUGGACAGCCAUAGAGUGGAGCUGUGUCGACAGCUGGGAGAAAAGCUGGGCCUGAAAGAUGGAGAGCAGGGCUUCCUGAGAAGAUGUCAUCAAGUCUUAUCAGUGCAUCAAGUAUUUGUGGAGCCUCUGUCAUCUGAUGACUGGGAGAUCUUGGAGCUCCACAGUGCAGCACUGGAGCAGCAGCUGUUGGAUCAGAUCAGAGUUGUUUUCCAAGAUGCCAUGUUUCCUGUGUGGGUGGACAGCCACACAGUCAUCUACAUCCAAAUAGCAUCACUCUCACCAUCUGUGCCCUACGGUCGCUUGGAGCAGUUCACAGAACUAGUCGUCUCUCCUAAGAGCCGUGCCGGAAGAAGCAACCUCAAUGCUUCUCCAGUGAGAAACAGUGAGAAGCAGCAUUUUCACAGACAGCAAAACAUGGAUGUAUCUCCCCCUCCAGGACCGUCAUUAGCAAACGCCUCCCCUGUCCCUCAAGGCCACCAGUGGGGUGGCAUAGCCGACCUGAAGAGCCUGCUACGGUAUAUGAUGAAGGGCACUUAUGACCCGGUUAAAGAGCUACCACCUGUACCCGAAGUCCCCGCCCUCCUCACUGACGCUAUCUACAGAGUGUGCGAUGCCGCCCCAGACUCUCUUUGCACUAUAAGCCAUGCCGCAACUGCCGUUAUUCAUUUAUAUCCUGGGAGCCACGGGUUGAAUGCUGGGCCGACUGGAGGUCAGCUGCCAGUGACGUAUGGCCUGCUCUCCAAAGUUCUCUCCCCUAAAGAAGCAAGGGACAGAGCCAAGCAGGCCAUGGAGAAAAAGAAGAACGCAGGUGUCGCUAAAGUUGCUGUGGAAAAGGAGAUGAAAGAAGAGGCGGCCAUGGUGGUGAGGGUGGUGUGCCAUGGUACUGAGACGCUAGCACGCAAGGGAGACAUCCAUAGUGGGAGAGUGUGGAUCCCACAGCCCCUGGCCAUCAGGUUGAACAUCAUCCCACAUUCAACAGUUAGAAUUAAGCCAGUAAAAUCACCCAUCAAAUUAGCCUCCGCUAUACGCCUACAGCCCCUAAUACCACUGCCCGAGGAGGACGAUGAGGCGAUCCAGACAGCUUUCCUUGGUUGGCUGCACGCUCAGAGCCACGAACCUUUAGCCUGUCUGACUGCACGGUCUGGCACCAUCCUCCUACAUGGAACUGACGCAAAGCUAGAGUUUGCUUUAACUGUACUGACACCAGAACCAGAGAGUGACCCUGCAGACCAGCUGUUUUCACUGGCACCUGCUGUUAUCCACAAGAAAAAUAUACAGGUAGACAGAGAGCCAGUGACACUACCAGCUGUGAAAUCUACAGCUGAAACACCCAAUCCAGAGCUCCCGUCCCUUUGUAUUCUUGGUGGGAUCAAUGAGCUUAGUAGGACUGGACUUGACUUCAUCUCCCACAGCCUUCUGGGUAGUCCCCUCUCAAGAGAGCUUGGCGUGACUGGACAGGGACUCCAAGGAGGUGCUCUACUCAUCACUGGUGCUAAGGGGAGUGGAAAGAGCACUCUGUCCCGAGCCCUCUGUAGGAAAGCUAGAGAGGAUCUGGAUGCACACGUGGAGCUGGUGGACUGCAAAAAACUACAAGGCAAAAGGGCAGAAACAGUGAGACAGAUGCUGCAGGACAUUUUUGAACAGGCGGAGUGGAGGCAGCCCUCAGUUGUUCUACUUGAUGACCUGGACCAUAUAACUGGGGCACCGACCUCACCCGAGCAUGAGCAUGGUCCUGAGGCGCUGCUGCAACAGCACAUUGCACAGGGUCUGAAGGAUGUGGUGGAUGAGGUGGUGCUUCACUCCAGCCUGGUGUGUCUCAUCAUCACCAGCCAGAGUGAGCAUUCACUCCACCGCUCCCUGACUGAGGUGCAGGGGUCCCACUUUAUCCAGGGCUUUGUACACAUCCAGCCACCCGACCAGGCUCAACGAGAAGAAAUCCUGCGCUGUUUGAUACUCAGGAAAACCAGCCUAUCCGAGGAGACCUUACAGACUCUGGACCUGGCAGCUGUUGCCAAGGAGACAGAGGGAUACACGCCCCAAGACCUGGUACUACUAUUGGAGCGGGCUGUCCAUGCCAACACUGUACAAAGAGGACACAGUGACGAGGGUGUCUGUCUUUCUUCGAGGGACUUUGUGCAGGCUCUCAAGGGAUUCACGCCUCCCUCGCUGUGGGGUGUAGACCUCCACACCCCAAGUGUCGUUGGACUGGAGAGGGUGGGGGGGCUGAAGGAGGUGCGACAGCAGCUGAUGGACACCAUACUGCUCCCCGCUAAGUAUCCCAUCCUGUUCUGCAAUCUUCCUAUCCGCCAUCGCUCAGGAAUACUGCUGUAUGGUGCUCCUGGUACAGGGAAGACCCUGCUGGCCCGAGCUGUAGCCAAAGACAGCGGUAUGAAUUUCAUCAGCAUCAAGGGGCCUGAACUUCUGAGUAAGUACAUUGGAGCCAGCGAGCAGGGAGUUCGCGAUGUCUUCCAGAGGGCGCAAGCUGCCAAGCCAUGCAUUCUGUUCUUCGAUGAGUUUGACUCUCUGGCCCCCAGGAGGGGCCACGACAGCACAGGUGUGACCGACCGUGUGGUCAACCAGCUCCUCACCCAGCUGGAUGGGGUGGAGGGACUGCAGGGUGUAUACGUGCUCGCAGCCACCAGCCGUCCAGAUCUGAUUGAUCCAGCUCUGCUGAGACCUGGACGACUGGACAAGUCCCUGUACUGCCCCCCACCUGACCUGGAGGCUCGUGUGGAGAUCCUGAAGGCUCUGACCACCGGCGCUGCCCUGGCUACUGACGUGGACCUGGAGCAGCUGGCAGCAGCAACAGAGCAGUUUACCGGGGCCGACCUGAAGGCCCUGCUCUACAACGCCCAGCUGGAGGCCGUCCACAACAGCCAGGGCUCCAGCACACCUCAUGAAUUGACCUCUGGCUCAGACAGCGACAUGAGCCUGUCCUCCAUGAUCUUCCCCAACAACAGCAGUGGCUCAGAUGAUUCAGUGGGGGAAGGGGACACAGGCGUGGGGCUGGACCAGUCCAUGGUUCUCAUGGAGCCCAGUGGGCUUCAAACAGAAGACGUACAACAUCAUGGCAACGUCUGGAGAAUCUACUUUGGAAGCUCCUACGAGUCAGAGAUAGGGAAUUCACCGAUUUCAGGACUGAACUCCCAGUGUGUCUCUGGACCAAACUCCAUGACCCAUGAAUUUACAAGGGCAUCUGGUCGGGAACCUGGUGGCUCAGUCCCCCCUGCCUACAUGUCCUCCCUCCAGAGCGGGUAUGAAGAGCUUGGCCCGGAGCAGCUGGAGCGCCUACAACAAGACAUAAAUAACAUCAAGAACAACUGCAGGAGAGCCAAUGAGGACUGUGUCCGGGUGCAUUCAGCCUCCAGCCAGCCAGGCUUGUUGUUGUGUCGGACCCAUGUGAACUCUGCCCUGGCUGUGACCAGACCGUCUCUCAGCAAAGCCGACUGGAACAUAUACACAAAACUGUAUAAAGCCUUUGGUGGUGCAGCAGCGGGAAAAUCUCCUCAUUCAGUCACAUUUAAACCUGGACAACGUGUGACUUUAGCUUGAUCAGGCAUUCAUGUUUCACACCUCUAAUUUGUUAUUGUGAUGUUAUUUAAUAAAAGUUGUUAUGCAUUAAUGUUAAAUAGUACCAGAGUUUUGAAGACAGUGUAAAUUAAUGUUUGUUGAAUUGUUUGCUACUGACUUAAUUCCAAGGGACACAUUAAUCUUCUUAAAAUGUAAUUACUGUAUAUAUGUAUAAU